AUGACCGAUUACAAAAUUGCUGUUAGUUCUAUUGAAGAAAUAAAAGACAUAUGUAGUGAAUUAUUGAAUUCAAAAGAGGAAGAUACAUUUAAUAAACUUAGUCUAUAUUAUGAAUUUGAAGAUAAAUUAAAAAAGUUACAACCAAUUAUCACUAGAAUAAGAAUAAGAAGAAAUGAAACUGAUGAAGAAAAAAAAAUUUAUGGAGAAAAAAUGAUAAAAAAUGUAGAUAUAUUAUUAGAAAGAUACGACUUAUUAUAUAAUAUAUAUGAAGAAGAGCUAACAGUGUUUAAAGAGAAUUAUGAAAUUGAAAAAAAUAAAAAAAUUGAAAAAAAGUUAUUAGAAGAACAAAAAAAAAAGGAAUAUGAACAAGAAGAACUUAACAGGGGAAGAAUUAGAACAAAAUUGGAGGAAGAAGAAAUAAUCAAAAAAAAUGAAGAAAAAUUAAGAAUUCUAAAAGAAGAAGAACAAGAAAACGAAAAAAAAAUAAAAAAAAUAGAAUUUAUAAAGGAAAUAAUACAAGAAAAAUGCAAUUUUUUGUAUGAUGAAAUAUCCAAUGCUUGUAGCAAAAGAGAAGCAAUAAAAUAUAUUUACUCUCAAUUAGGUGUGAAUAAUAAAAAUUAUAAUGACAUAAAAGAAGAUGAUUGUUUAUUUAGUUUUAAUUAUUUUAUUGAUUGCUUAUAUCUAAUUUAUAAAAAUAAUGAAUAUAAGCUUUUUAAAGAAGCUUUAAAAAAUAUAAUUGAAUAUUUAGAAGAGUUAGUAAAAAAUAUAGAUAACGAUAAAUUAAAACUAAUUAAUCUUAUGAAUAAGACUUUUCAAAACAAUAUUUUAUCAAAAAAAGGAACUUUAUUUGUAUUUAUUUUAAUUGGAUAUGUUUUAAAAAGACCAGAAGAAAUAAUUCAUAUAUUAAAAAAAAUAAACAGGGAAAUUAAUAAGGAAAACAUAUAUAUAUAUUUGGAAGAACCUAAUAUUGUUAAUGACUAUAAAGAAUGGAAAGUAUGGUUUGAAAAUAUUCAAUCAUCUUUAAAUAUUUUGUGUACUUUUUUUAGGCAUGUUAACAAAUACUCAGAUAUUCCUGAUGACGAAAAAAUAAAAUCCAUUUUCUUAUAUUUAAGAGAAAAUUUUGGAAAUGAAGAACAAAAAAAUACUUAA